AUGUCAAGUGAGGAAGAGAGUGUUCUUGUCUUAGUGCAUUGCUCUGGGAAAAUCAAAAGAAGCAAAAAAUAUGGUGUGAAGUUCACUGACAGAGAACCAUUGAGUGUAUUCAUUAGUUCAUCAAGCACUUUAUCGGAUGUGAAGAACAGCAUCUUGCAGAAGUUUGGGGUAUUUAGGAGCAAGUUGGUGAAGAAGAUAUUCUACAAGAUUCCCAUCGCUGUAGUCUCGAACGGUGUUCAGUAUGAUACGUUCGUGUUAGCGGCUGACGAUGAUAUUAGGGUUCUGUUUCAUUGCAUUAGGAGUUUUUCGGAGGUCAGAAUACACGAGCUGUAUGCGAAGUUAGAGGUUGCUGUCGAUAGUUCUGGGGCAUCGGCUCCAGUUCAUAGCUCGACUGCCGUAGGCGGUGCAUCUUGUUCGAUGCCUGCGGUCCGGCCAUCUGUUUCGCAGGUUGCAUCCCCUUCCUUCGCAGCUAAUUUAGAACGAACGGAGGCAGUUGGUUCUGUACCUUUGGCUAAUCCUGGGGUCCGGCAGCAGGCAUUUGAGGGGGACACAGGUCGUGCCAUAGUUGAUGAAGUUCAAGGCUUCGGGGAACCUGAUCGAGUAGAGAAUGCAAUGCGGGACGAUGACUCUAACCAGGAGCCUGUAAAUAUCUUUGGGGACAGCGAUAAUGACACAGGUGAGCCGGCGGGAGUUGCUACAAUUGGGGGUACAUCUACAGAAUUUCAGAUUGGGCAAUCGUUCCAGAAUAAAGAUGAAGAUGUUCUGAGUGUGAAGGACUAUAAUAUCCGUCGAGGUGUUGAGUACCGAGUGUUGGAAUCGGACCAUCUGAAGUAUCAUGAAAAAUGCAAGGAGUUCGGUAAAAUUUGUAGUUGGCUGAUUCGGAUAUCGCUCCGUGCACGAAAGGGCACUUGA